AUAAAAGCGUGUUCAAACAUUAAAUGCGACUUAGUUCUUCAAAAGGCCUGUUGAAUGAAGGUUGCAGAGAAAUGUGGCUGUGCUGGGUUAACCACAGGUACUGCCCCUUUAACCAGCUCUCCACCUCGUCUCUCCCACCGUGUGUGUCUCUCUUCCCCAUUUCGCUGCUUUGUUUUCAUUGUCGCCCUUGUGAUCAUGGCUGCUCAUUCUACCGAAGAACCGUUCCCUUUCCACGGGCUGCUCCCCAAAAAAGAAACCGGCGCCGCGUCUUACCUCACCAGGUUCCCGGAGUACGAUGGCCGAAGAGUGCUCAUCGCUAUCCUCGACACCGGCGUGGACCCCGGGGCCCCCGGCAUGCAGGUCACAACUGAGGGGAAGCCAAAGAUCAUCGAUAUCAUCGAUACGACAGGCAGUGGUGAUGUGAACAUGACCACAGUGGCAGAGCCGAAAGAUGGGACAAUCACUGGUCUCUCUGGUAGAGUACUUAAGAUCCCUCCUGCCUGGGUCAAUCCAUCAGGGAAGUAUCGCAUUGGAGUUAAAAAUGGCUACGAGUUCUUCCCUAAGGCUCUUAAAGAGAGAAUGCAGAAAGAGCGAAAGGAAAAGAUGUGGGACCCACCGCACAGAGCAGCACUUGCUGAGGUCUGUCGCAAGACAGAAGAGUUUGACCUCUCUCACCCAUCACCCUCACAGAUAGAGAAGUUGCAGAAAGAAGAGCUGCAGAGUCAGUCAGAGCUCCUGGCAUCACUAGAAAAGAAAUACAGUGAUCCUGGUCCUGUAUAUGACUGUGUGCUUUGGCACGACGGCAUCACAUGGAGGGCUGUAGUGGACACUUCAGAGUGUGGAGAGCUGUCCCAGUGCACUGUGCUGUGCUCUUACAGAGAGACACAAGAGUACGCCACGUUAGGAAAUGCUGAGAUGCUUAACUACUCUGUCAAUAUUUAUGAUGAAGGAAACACACUCUGCAUUGUCACCAGUGGAGGGGCUCAUGGGACACACGUGGCAAGCAUUGCAGCAGGUUACUUCCCAGAGGAACCAGAACGUAAUGGCGUUGCUCCCGGUGCCCAAAUCCUGGCUCUGAAGAUUGGAGACACUCGCCUCAGCACCAUGGAAACAGGCACAGGACUCAUCCGCGCGAUGAUUGAAGUGAUCAACUACAAGUGUGACCUAGUUAACUAUAGCUAUGGGGAAGCCACCCAUUGGCCCAAUUCGGGGAGGAUUUGUGAGGUGAUCACAGAGGCGGUCCAGAAACACAAUGUGAUAUUUGUUUCAAGUGCUGGAAACAACGGCCCUUGUCUCUCCACAGUCGGCUGUCCGGGGGGAACCACCAGUAGUGUUAUAGGUGUUGGAGCGUAUGUGACUCCAGACAUGAUGGUGGCAGAGUAUUCCCUGAGGGAGAAGCUGCCUCCCAACCAGUACACCUGGUCGUCCAGGGGCCCCAGUACAGAUGGGGCCCUGGGGGUCAGCAUCAGUGCCCCUGGUGGCGCCAUUGCAUCUGUACCCAACUGGACUCUUCGUGGCACCCAGCUGAUGAACGGCACAUCCAUGUCAUCCCCUAAUGCCUGUGGAGGCAUCGCACUUAUCCUCUCAGGACUGAAGCAGAACGAGAUCCGUCCCUCUGUUCCUGCUGUGAGGAGAGCGCUGGAAAACACAGCUCUGAAGGUUGAUGACAUUGAGGUGUUUGCACAGGGCCAUGGAAUAAUCCAGGUGGACAGGGCAUUAGACUACCUCACUCAACACGCCUCUUUACCCACGAGCCACCUCGGCUUCUCAGUAAGCGUGGGAACACAAAGAGGCAUCUACCUCAGGGACCCAGGCCAAGUUCUUGCACCCUCAGAUCAUGGAGUAGGAAUUGAACCCAUCUUCCCAGAGAACACAGGAAACUCUGAGCGAAUCUCCUUGCAGCUGCAUUUGGCGCUCACAUGUGCCGCCCCAUGGGUCCAGUGCCCCUCCCAUCUAGAGCUGAUGAACCAGUGUCGCCAUGUCAAUGUCCGCAUCGAUCCCUUGGGACUGAGAGAGGGAGUGCACUAUACAGAGGUGUGUGGGUACGACACAGCGGCACCCAGCUGUGGGCCACUGUUCAGAGUUCCAAUCACGGUUAUUAUCCCUGCCAAAGUGACAGAUAGUCGCAAUCAUGAAGUGUGUUUCACAGACGUCCACUUCAGACCGGGCCAGAUCAGACGCCACUUCAUCACUGUUCCUCAGGGAGCCUCCUGGGCAGAGAUCACGCUGACCUCUCAUUCGGGAGAUGUCUCGUCAAAGUUUGUUCUCCACGCAGUGCACCUGGUCAAACAGAAGGCGUACAGAGCUAAUGAAUUCUACAAGUUCUCUUCACUGUUGGAAAGAGGCUCAUUAACUGAGGCUUUUCCUGUGCUGUCAGGUAGGGUAGUAGAGUUGUGCAUUGCGCGCUGGUGGGCAAGCCUGGGUGACGUCACGGUGGACUACAGCAUCUCGUUCCAUGGACUCAGCACUUCUCCCUCUCCCCUGCACAUACAUGCCUCAGAGGGAGUGACGAGUUUUGAUGUGUCAUCGCCUCUGAGGUACGAGGAGGUAUCCCCUACUAUCACCCUCAAGUCCUGGGUUCAGCCCCUUAGACCCUUAAGUUCAAAGAUAAAAGCCUUGGGAAUGAGGGACGUUCUCCCCAAUAACAGACAACUCUACGAGAUUGUCCUCACCUACAGCUUUCACCAGCCUAAGAGUGGCGAGGUUACCCCCAGCUGUCCCAUGCUGUGUGAGCUGCUGUAUGAGUCUGAGUUUGACAGUCAGCUCUGGAUGCUGUUUGAUCAGAACAAGAGACUACUGGGCUCAGGGGACGCCUACCCACACCAGUAUUCUCUGAAGCUGGAAAAGGGGGACUACACUGUGCGUCUGCAGGUACGCCAUGAGCAGUCCAGCGAGCUGGAGCGCCUUAAGGACCUACCAUUCGUGGUUUCUCACCGUCUUUCCACCACGCUGAGUCUGGAUGUCUACGAGACGCAUCGAGCUGCCCUCAUGUCCAAGAAGAAGGCGAACUCUGUCACCUUGUGCCCGGGUGCCACUCAGCCUUUCUACGUCACAGCCCUGCCAGACGACAAGAUCCCUAAGGGGACGAGUCCAGGGUGCUAUCUUUCAGGCUCUCUUGUUGUCCCCAAGAGCGAGUAUGGCAAGAAAGCAGGGCAGGCCUCUGCAAAACGACAAGGAAAGUUUAAAAAGGAUAUUGUACCAGUCAUCUAUCAUUUAAUCCCUGCUCCCAAUAAAACAAAGAAUGGAGGGAAGGAGAAGGACAAGGAAGGAGACAAAGAGAAAGACAUGAAAGAGGAGUUUGCAGAGGCCAUGCGAGACUUGAAGAUUCAGUGGAUGACAAAGUUGGACUCUAGCUCCAUCUACGACGAACUGACAGAAAACUACUUGGAUUACCUUCCGCUGCAUGUACAAAGACUGCACCAGCUGGACUCAGAAAAGGAGCGGGUCAAACGUCUCAAGGAGGUGGUAUCAGCUGCUGACAUCGUCAUCUCCCGCAUCGACCAGACAGCCUUGGCUGUUUACCUCACCAUGAAGACAGACCCUCGGCCUGAUGCCGCCUCUAUCAAGACUGACAUGGAGAAGCAGAAGUCAUCUCUGCUGGAUGCUCUGUGUAGAAAGGGCUGUGCUCUGGCUGACCAGCUCCUGCUACCCCCGGCGCCACAGGAGGGCGCCGGUGCCAUUGCUACGGGACAAACAGCAGCAGAGCAGGAGGCUGGGGAGGAGGUGGCCAGCAGUUCUGACGACACCCUGCAAAACGUGGCUAAAACCCUAUCGGAUACGUUUUGGGAGGUGCAGAAGUGGGCAGACUUAACUGACUCCAAGGUGUUGAUGUUUUCAUAUAAACAUGCUCUGGUGAACAAGAUGCACGGCCGAGCCUUAAAAUACGCCUCAAAGAUGGUGGAGGAGAAGCCCAGCAAAGAGAACAUGAAGAACUGCAUCCAGCUUAUGCGACACCUCCGAUGGACACACUGCGCCACCUUCAGUGAGAACUGGCUUCCUGUCAUGUACCCCGCUGACUACACACCUUUCUAGGCACAGACACGCAUGCAUGAGCAGCAUGGCCAUACAUGGUCCAUCACAUGGUAACUUCAAUAUCAUGUCCCUCAGGGUCACAUGGUCUAUGCAUCUGACCAACCAGCUGCCUCCUGAGAAUUCCUUGUUUUGUUUUUUUUUUCCAAAUUCAGAUGUAGGUGAACACCAAAAUGAGGGAUAACGCUGCAUUAAGCAGUUUGAUGCACUCGACACCUUAAAGGCAAGGGAGUCAUGUUCAUCCUGUGGCAGAGCCAUUCAAACCAGAGGUCGUCUUUAAAUGUCUCAGCUCUGCAGACAGUGUAGCGGGACUAUCUCAGCUGAAUGUAACCAACAGAAAAAUGUUGAAAAAGUUUUUUUAAUGCUCAAAACUCUUGCCAAGGAUUGUUGAAGCUGUAGUUCAGUGCUAUCUUAGGGUGUUGUCCUUUAUUUUGGUGUCAUCUGCAUAUUUGGGAGGCUUUCCCUUCCGCCCUCCCUCCUCAGCUUUCCGGGCUCCAUAUCAUAUUAAUAACCUCAUUCUCUCUUGUAAAUACUGUACAAGGGCCAGUGUGGACUCCAGGGGAUGCAUCCCAAGUCUUUUAAAAACAAAAAACUGUGACCCUGUGUAAUCACUUUCAAAAAAACAACAGAAUACUGAUACUGGAGUGAGAAGACAGGAGGACUUGCUGCUGAUGUUCGGACACAUGAGGGCCUGAUCCCUGAAUUAAAAAGGGAGGCUCGGACAGAAUUCAGUAUCUGUUUUCUCUAUUUUUUCUUCUUUCUUUUUUUGAUUGUUUGAGUCUGGCCAGGUUGAUAAAGUUAGAGUUAGAGUUUAGUUGUGUCUGUCUUUUUAGGCCAUGACUCGCGCACACAGUCUCAGAACUACAUAACAGUGCUGAGGUGCCUUUCUACACGUACCUUACCUUUUCUGAUGGGAUAAAAGACGGAAGCGCGAGGGUCUUGGCCAAAGGAAGCUGCAGAAUCAGUAGCGUCAGUCAGCACUCGAGCCGCUUGUCAUUUCACCUAUCAGCCUUUUGGGUGUCAGAUGUGGGUUUUAAAGCUCAUGUUGGCAGUGUGAUGUGUGUCAGUGACUCGUCUGGAAGUCACAAACACACUUUCUUGGCUUCUGCUUACCUCCAGAGGUACUGGCCACCCACCUCACACUCAACCUGAAUGCCACAUUUGACAACCAUCAAACAGACCUCACUAACAUAAUAGAUGCAGUCGUAGGCAGCAGUAGGAUGUUCAGAUCAGAUUUCAUUGUAAAAAUGUUCACACAGUAGUAAGAGAUGUUUCUCUGCAGCAUUCAAAAUGUUGCAUUUGUACACAGUGUCAUAAAAUAAUGUACAUACACUCAUAACAUAAAAAAUAUUAAGAUGCAAUAGGUAUAUAAUACAAAUAUUAUUCUAAUUGAUGUAUUUUGCAUAUAUGCAUGUCUUCUAGGAUGUAAGAAAAACUAGUUUUAUUUGGAAGCAGAUUUUAAUUUGUUUCAAUUUGAAAGAUUUUUAAUCUGAAACAAGAUUUUGACAAUAUCCACUGUCUGAGUGUGUGUUUGUGAAUGAUUUUAUGUACUUGUGAGCAUAUUUUGUGUACAUGAACAGAAGUGAAAUGAUAGCCAUUUAGGGGGGGAGGGUUAAGCAUGAGUUUUUUGUUGUUUUUUUUUUUCUUUUCUUCAGAUACUUCAUUUACUUGUAAGGGCCAUGCCAGUGGUUUUCUUUAUUUUACAUCACGGCUAAAAACCAACUUGAAUCAAACCAGACUGUCCUGAUAAAGGAGAUUAGAUGAAUGGUGAUUUUUACAUUAAUUUUUUCUUGUUUAAUCAUGAAUAUUAAAUGCGAAAAAAUUUGUGUAAUCACAGGUUGAUUUGAAAAGUCUUGAGUCCUUUACUCUGCAUAGAUGCAACUUUUACCAAAAUGAAUGCAGAUUUGAUUUUCAUUGUCAUAAAUUGGACAAUAUAAUCAGAGAUAUCACCUUCUUUACCAACAAUGCAACUUGAUUACUGACAGUUUAGUCAGUGAUUCAGGUGUGUGAAUGUAGCCUGGAGCUGCUGGCCUUAAGCAGAGAUGAGGAACAGGCUAUUUAGGUAAACUCGCUUCUUUGUAACUCCACACUCCGCCACAGGUUCCCUCUUUGAGCAAGUUUUAAGAGUCUACCAUUUGUUUUCAAUGCCAUAGGAAAAUUAAUGGGAGACAGUAACUGUACAGAAUGGUUGGAAAGACGCAUCUGAAAAUACAAAACCUCACAGCAUGUGGAGCUAGAACUUCCCAAAACACUGGCAUGGUCCUUUAAAGUAUCUCACCUGAAUCAAUGUAACGAAUGAGGACAUGUGGCUCUUUGUGUUCACGGUGCCGUGCAAAAGAGGACCCGAGGCUAAAGAUACAGACUACAUAUAACUCAGUUUUUAUAUUUGUGAUUCUCAACCUUUUUCACUUCACAAAGAAAGUGUGAUCUCCUGUCACAGUCUGUAAUAUCAUCAGUUUAACCAAAGAGUGAUUUUCCCAUGUUAAGUUUGUUUAAUUGUCAGAGGAAGUAUGAAAAUGAAAGUUUUACCAGACAUGAUAAAGAUGAUAAAAUUAGACACAACAAUAUUGAAUUGAGGAACCAAAACCACAGUUGUAGCUAUAACGGCUUUAAUAAACAGUGUCCUCUCUCCCUGAUGUUCUAAGUCCUCUCACAAGUAGAAGGUGAAUGUGUAAGAAUAUAAAAGCAGCUCCUUUCAAGCCAAGGUCUGCAUACACAGCAAAUUAGUGGUCACAACUCAUGUUUACCCAGGGGUAAGAAAACAACUUGUGUUUCUGUUUUUAGCUGUGACUUGUGUGCACUUUCUGCAGUGGCCUCAGCACAGGCCUCCUGGGAGCGUGCAGGGGUUUACUGGAGUCAGUUGGGUUUGUUGUUUGUUUUUUUGGACUGAAUUUGUGUUGUUAAUCAUUUCUACUUUUUUGCAUCUUCUGUUUUCCCUUCUUAUCUUUGUCCCUUUUCUCCUCCUUCCUGUUUUGGGUUUCGGUUCAGGCAGACGUUAUGUUUCAGGGCUCAGCUGUCGACAGUACGCAUUGCCAAUGACAGUCUCUCCGAAAAUGGCCUUAACUUUCACCACAGGACUGUGCCGUCCAUUUCUGGCACCAAACGGACUUCUCAUAUCUGUUGCUAUCACUCUGCUGGUGUCAGGAAAGACUUUAGAAAUGCUUCUUAUGGAUGUUGAGUGUUUAUAUUUAUAGUCAUAAAAUCUAGUAAAUGCCAAUAUUUUACAGAUUGUUAUGAGACAAGGUUGUAUGCUCUCAGUAUUAUUUUAUACCCAUUCUUCCUCGAUGACGUGGGAAAAAGACCUGAGAUACUGUCACACCAUUUUGUGGUCACACAUGGAGUUAAGUCACAAACAAGGAAAAUGACACUGAAUAAAAAUGAUUUGGAAGAAAA